AGUGGAGGGAGGGGAAAGACAACCGAGUGCCGCUGCGGGAAGACACUGAAGCAAGAGCGACACCCCUUUCCGCCCCCCACCUUGCAGCGCAGGCUUUGAAAGCUGCUCCCCCACCUGAAUGGAAACUCGGAACCGCCGGGCGGCGCGUUCCUUCUCGCCCAGCCUUGCAAUCCAUGCCGAGAGGAAGGCAGUGCGAGCCCGCGCCAGCGCCCAGCUCCCGGGACAGGGUCGGCAAUGCUGCUGAGCAGAACUUGAUCGCGCCCCUUCCUCGCUGCUAGUGGAAGCGAUGCUGCACGGCACAGCCAGCGCUUCCUCGGCUCUCCUUCAAGCUGAAGGUUACCGACCCGUGCAGCCAGCCCCAGCACUGUGAGCUGCGCGCCUCAGGUCCAGGCUCCGGCUGCUCGGCGGCGGCGCCCAGGGCAACAACCGGGCCGCCCGCGCCGGGGCGCACUGCACCAGCGGCUUCGGCUUGGUGGAUGUGUAUGCAUGAGUUCUGCACCGAAUGGGCGCAAAAAGCGCCCCAGCCGGUCCACCCGCUCCUCGAUCUUCCAGAUCAGCAAGCCCCCGCUGCAGAGCGGAGAUUGGGAGCGCAGGGGCAGCGGCUCCGAGAGCGCCCACAAAACCCAACGAGCCCUGGACGACUGCAAGAUGCUUGUCCAAGAGUUCAACACACAAGUGGCCCUGUACCGAGAGCUGGUCAUUUCUAUUGGGGAUGUCUCGGUCAGCUGCCCCUCACUCCGGGCGGAAAUGCACAAGACAAGAACCAAAGGCUGUGAAAUGGCCCGUCAGGCACACCAAAAAUUGGCUGCCAUCUCAGGCCCGGAAGAUGGUGAGAUCCAUCCAGAAAUCUGUCGGCUUUACAUCCAGCUGCAGUGCUGUUUAGAAAUGUAUACCACAGAGAUGCUAAAAUCCAUAUGUCUGCUGGGGUCUCUUCAGUUUCAUCGAAAAGGAAAGGAACCUGGCGGGGGAACCAAGAGUUUGGAUUGCAAAAUUGAGGAGAGUGCUGAAACACCUGCCCUAGAAGACUCCUCAUCAUCCCCCGUAGAUAGUCAGCAACAUUCCUGGCAGGUUUCCACAGACAUUGAGAACACGGAAAGACAUGCGAGAAAUGAAAAACCUUUUAAGCAAACUCAGGGAAACUAUGCCUUUACCAUUGAAAAAUCAAGGUGA